UCUAUGUCGUAUGUUUCUGCAUAUUCAGUUAAAUCGUAUAAGAAAAAGGUUUUGGUUACUAUAGAAUAUUAUAAACAUGAUUAGCUAAUACGUGCAGUUGGGAUACUGACCUUAGGGGCGAGUGUGAGCUCAUUCAACAGAUUAUUUGCAAAUAUAAAGACUUAGUCUUAGAUCUGGAGUUCUAGAUUUAGAAUUAUGAACAACAUGAGACGUGGGUAACGAAAUAAAAAAAAAUAUGGCUGCCGUCAAGGGCAAAAUAAGGGAGACAAUCAAACGUGAUGCAAAGGAAACUGCAGACGACAAGCUCCCGCUGAAACUGAGACAACUGAAAGAAAGACUUCGCCCUCUCGUUAAUCAUCAGAUCUACGGCCGGAAACUUGAUCUGUCAGACGUUGCUUUGUCCAAAUGGCUAAAGGUGUCCGAGCUUGACGUCAUCAUGGCCGACGCCAAAAUGAGGAAGUCUCUGGAAUUCCGAGAGCAGAUGUCUGUUGACAAAUUGUUAAAGGAAUAUAAACCACCGGACUGCAUAUUGGAUUAUUACGCGGGAGGUCUAUGUGGUGUGGACAAAUCAGGCUCGCCAGUCUACUAUGAACUUUACGGGCUGCUAAACCUGAAGUCUCUGCUGAAAGUCUUGGGGAAGGGUGGUCUUGUCAAGCACAAGCUUUACCAACACGAGAAAAUUCUACAGUACUUAAAGAAACUGUCUAAAAGAAAAGGAAAAACCAUCGAUGCCAUUUUGGUGAUAGUUGAUCUCCAAUUCAGCACCAAGGAGCAUUUAUUUAGUUCUGAGAUAUUACUCUGGUCAGAGAUUUUAGAACUUCUUGUGGAGCACUACCCAUGUCUUUUCAAAGAGAUCCUCCUGAUUAACACCCCUGACUGGCAGACAGACGUAAGAGCUUCUCUUCAGCCGUAUCUCUCUAAGGACGCCAGGAACCUGGUGAAUGUGCUGGAGAAGAACGUCUUGCCGGGACUGCUUCACAGGAUUCAAAAGAAACAUAUCCCGGCAUACCUGGGUGGAGAAAAGUCAGAGCUGGAUACCCACAAAUAUUGUCGGCUCAAUGUAGACUACUGGAACAUGCAGAUCCCUGGAUGGAUGAAGGUCACAGACGCCAGAAACAGAGGAGACAAUGCAGGAGUCAUUGCGCCAGGAGUUAGAAAAAUUCAAGACUACAACAUACAAACGGCCAGCACGACCAUCUCCUGGCAGUUCAGCAGCGUCAGUCAAUCGGUGGUAUUUUCUAUCUACCAGAACAGUCUCGGCAAUAGAAACAGAGUCCUGACCUCCCAGUUGUCCCCCAGUGAAUCCCAGACCGAGGAGGGCCAAGUGGUGUGCCCGGCGCCCGGCAGGUACCUUGUUGUGAUAGAUAACAGAGCUAACUCAAACAAGCCGACACAGCUCGUCUAUCAAAUUCUGAUCAGAGAACCGGAAGUCGAGAACCUAGAGGAUAAGGACUUGUCAAAAGAUACCGACACGAGCUUCAGCUUGCUACCAAAGAUAGAGAAAAGCAGAGGCGUCACCAGAGAGGACUACCUGAGGAUUGUUAAAGGCGCAGACUCAGACUGGCUACAUCACUUUUAGAGAAUAAAAUCAGUUGGUCACACCGAUCCGCUGACUCAAUUGAAUUGGAUUGAAUUCAAUAGUUUUUUUUUUUACAUGUAGGGUCUUAGAGGCUUAGAAAUGUCCUCCCCCCCAUCCCUUUGUGUAUUCUUGUAGCUUUCUCCCUGUCCCGUAUUAGUGUUUGGAGAAGAGGUAUGCUCAAUAUGCUGAUGUGGGAAAGAGGUAUGUUCUUUGUGUAAGUAUGUGGGAAGAGGUAUGUUUUAUAUUUAUGUGCGAACAGGUAUGUUUUAUGUAUUUGUGGGAAGAGGUAUGUUCUUUAUGUGUGUGGGAAGAGGUAUGUUCUUUAUGUGUGUGGGAAGAGGUAUAUUUCUUAUGUAUGUGUGAAGAGGUAUGUUCUUUAUGUGUGUGGGAAGAGGUAUGUUCUAUAUUUAAGUAUGUGGGAAGAGGUAUGAUAUAUAUCUAGGUGUGUGGGAAAAGGUAUGUUCUAUAUGUGUGUGGGAAAAGGUAAGUGCUAUAUGUGUGUGGGGAGAGGUAUGUUCUAUAUUUGUGUGUGGGAAGAGGUAUGUUCUAUAUGUGUGUGGGAAAAGGUAAGUUCUAUAUAAAAGUGCGUGGAACAAGUAUGUUUCACAUGUUCAUUAUGUAAAUGUGGAAAGAGAAAUGUUCUAUAUAUAAUUGUGGGAAAGGGUUUAACCAUAGAGGAGGUGAGGGAAACUGCACCCUCUCUUGGACCCACUCCCCACUUUUGCUCAUAUUGACGUCUUCUUACCGCAUACCUCCCCCGACUUAGCACUAGAACGGCUACUUCUGUUUUUUUUAUUACUUCUUUGUAUUUUCGGAGAUUUCCGUUAGUAAUAGCCAGAAAAUGUUUUAUAACGAUUUUUUAAAACAGAUAACCCCAUCUAUAGCAUAGACUCGUGUGUGGUCGUUUACUCAAGUUUUGCACUUUUAAGUAUAAUUGCGAAGAAAAUAAAUGUAACCAAGGUAGAUAAUCCGAAUAAUUGUACUAGAUCACUAACAAAAUGAGUAACCGCUCUUUGUACUCUGUAGAUAUAAUGAUCUUUGUGAACUUUAAAAAAAUUGUAAAUGGUUUGUAAAUAAUCAAUUACAGAAUGCGUGAUAAAUGACAUGAAUUAUGUUGGCGUAAUAAAUUAAUAUAUAU